AAUUUCAUCUCGGUCAAGGGUGCUCGAGGUGCAUUCUUAGUGGGUGCUCCAACCAUCGCAGCGGGUUCCUCUCAAUAUGGAGGCGCCUGAUCCCGAGACGUGCCGGAGUACAUACACUAGGGUGCAGGUGGAGUUCUACGUGAACGAAAACACCUUCAAGGAGAGGCUGAAGCUUUUCUUCAUCAAAAACCAAAGGUCAAGCCUGAGAAUCCGCCUGUUCAACUUCUCGCUGAAGAUCCUCACCUGUGUCCUCUACAUCCUGAGAGUCUACCUGGAUGACCCCAAGGAGGACAACGACGUGAACCCAUGCGCAAUAUAUCGGCGCAACAACAACAACAACAACUACCACAACAACACAGCAGACUCGGCAGAAAUUGACUGGUCGUUGAUUUUCUGCGUUAGCAGACGGGAACCCGUGUGGGCGAUACAGGUGACGGUGGCCUUAAUCAGCUUCUUGGAGACCGUGCUGAUCACAUAUCUCAGCUACAAGGGGAACAUUUGGGAGCAGAUCUUCCAGAUAUCCUUCAUAUUGGAGAUGAUCAAUUCAGUGCCGUUCAUAAUUACAAUCUUCUGGUCUCCGCUGAGAAACAUCUUCGUCCCGGUGUUUCUCAACUGCUGGCUCGCCAAAGGUGCCCUGGAGAACAUGAUCAAUGACUUCCAUCGUGCCAUCCAGAGGACCCACUCGGCCAUGUUCAACCAGGUGUUCAUCCUCAUCUGCACCUUAAUGUGUCUGGUUUUCACUGGAGCCUGUGGGAUCCAGCAUCUAGAGAGAGCCGGGAAGCACCUGACCCUGUUUGACUCCUUCUAUUUCUGCAUCGUCACCUUCUCCACCGUGGGCUACGGCGACGUCACGCCGCAGAUCUGGCCCUCCCAGCUGCUGGUGGUCAUUCUCAUCUGCGUUGCGCUGGUGGUGCUCCCACUGCAGUUUGAAGAGCUCGCCUACCUGUGGAUGGAGAGCCAGAAGCUGGGAGGGAACUACAGCCGCCAUCGGGCGCAGACGGAGAAACACGUGGUGUUGUGCGUCAGCUCGCUGAAGAUCGACCUGCUGAUGGAUUUCCUCAACGAGUUCUACGCUCAUCCGCGACUGCAGGACUACUACGUCGUGAUCCUGUGUCCAACGGAGAUAGACAUUCAGGUCCGCCGUAUCCUCCAAAUCCCCCUGUGGUCCCAGAGGGUCAUCUACCUUCAGGGAUCCGCCCUCAAAGACCAGGACUUGAUGAGGGCCAAGAUGGACGACGCCGAGGCCUGCUUCAUCCUCAGCAGCAGGAACGAGGUCGACCGCACUGCUGCCGAUCAUCAGACUAUUUUGAGGGCCUGGGCUGCAAAAGAUUUCGCUCCGAAUUGCCCUCUCUACGUCCAAAUUCUCAAACCAGAAAAUAAAUUCCAUGUUAAGUUUGCAGAUCACGUGGUCUGUGAAGAGGAGUUCAAGUACGCCAUGUUGGCGCUGAACUGCGUGUGUCCCGCCACGUCCACCUUAGUCACUCUGCUGGUUCACACCUCCAGAGGACAGGAGGGGCAGUUGUCCCCAGAGCAGUGGCAGAGGAUUUAUGGACGCUGCUCUGGAAACGAGGUCUACCACAUCCGCCUGUGCGACAGCAAGUUUUUCGGGGAGUACGAUGGAAAGAGCUUCACCUACGCAUCCUUCCACGCCCACAAGAAGUACGGCGUGUGUUUGAUCGGAGUGAAGAGGGAGGACAACAAGAGCAUCCUUCUGAACCCGGGCCCGCGCCACAUCAUGGCCGCCGCAGACACCUGCUACUACAUCAACAUCACCAAGGAGGAGAACUCGGCCUUCAUCUUCAAAGAGGAGGAGAAGCACAACAAGGGCCUGUCCGUCAGCGGGCUCUACGACGCCCCCCCCAGGCUGCCGGUGCACAGCAUCAUCGCCAGCAUGGGCACCGUGGCCAUCGACCUCCAGAACCCCGACAUCCCCGAGGAGAGCGGCAAGCUGACCCUGCCGACGGAGAACGGCUCCGGAAGCCGCCGGCCGAGCAUCGCGCCCGUCCUCGAGAUCGCCGACUCCUCCGCCAUUCUGCCCUGCGACCUCCUCAGCGACCAAUCGGAGGACGAGACCAACCAAUCGGACGAGGAGGGUUCCGUCGGGUCAGAUUUCGUGAAGGGCUACCCUCCCAACUCGCCGUACAUCGGCAGCUCUCCGACUCUGUGCCACCUCUUGCCGCAGAAAGCUCCGUUCUGCUGCCUUCGCCUCGACAAGGGCUGCACACACAGCAGCUUCGAGGACGCCAAAGCGUACGGCUUCAAGAACAAGCUGAUCAUAGUGUCCGCGGAGACGGCGGGGAACGGCCUCUACAACUUCAUUGUCCCUCUGCGCGCUUACUAUCGGCCCAGGAAGGAGCUCAACCCCAUCGUGCUGCUGCUGGACUACCAGCCAGACAACCACUUCCUAGAGGCCAUUUGCUGCUUUCCAAUGGUUUACUUCAUGGCUGGCACAAUUGAUAACUUGGACAACCUGCUUCAGUGUGGCAUCAUUUACGCCGACAACCUGGUGGUCGUGGACAAGGAGAGCACCAUGAGCGCCGAGGAGGACUACAUGGCCGACGCCAAGACCAUCGUGAACGUCCAGACCAUGUUCAGGUUGUUCCCCAGCCUCAGCAUCAUCACGGAGCUCACGCACCCGUCCAACAUGAGGUUCAUGCAGUUCAGAGCCAAGGACUGCUACUCACUCGCUCUCUCCAAACUGGAGAAGGUAGAGCGCGAUAAGGGCUCCAACCUGGCCUUCAUGUUCCGGCUGCCGUUUGCUGCCGGCCGGGUGUUCAGUAUCAGCAUGUUGGAUACGCUGCUCUACCAGUCGUUCGUUAAGGACUACAUGAUCGCUAUCGCCAGGCUGCUCCUGGGUCUGGACACCACGCCCGGCUCCGGGUACCUGUGUGCCAUGAAGAUCACAGAGGAGGAUCUGUGGAUCCGGACUUACGGCCGACUGUUCCAGAAGCUUUGUUCCUCCAGCGCCGAGAUCCCCAUCGGGAUCUACCGCACCGAGUCGCACAUGUUCUCCACCUCAGAGUGCAAGGACAGUUAUGCACAGUCUCAGGUGUCCAUAAACAAGCAGCAGGGCGAGGAGCACCGUGAGCGAGGGGAGUCCUGGAAGGAGAAGACGGCCCACAGGAACUCCACCGCCAGCGACCAAUCGGAGCACCCGCUGCUGAGGAAGAAGAGCAUGCAGUGGGCGCGGCGGCUCAGCAGGAAGACCACCAAGCCGUCCAGCCGGGCGGAGCGCAUCUCGCAGCAGAGACUCAACCUGUACCGGCGCUCCGAGCGCCAGGAGCUGUCCGAGCUGGUGAAGAACCGCAUGAAGCACCUGGGCCUGCCCACCGUGGGAUACGAGGAUGUUUCUAAUCUCACUGCGAGCGAUGUCAUGAAUCGAGUAAAUCUAGGAUAUUUGCAAGAGUUGCAGGACAUUUCAGAGCACCCGUAUACAGAGAGGACCAAGCCGUCAGGGCCACAAGCAGACGAGAUGAACGACCACCAGAACACGCUGUCCUACGUCCUCAUCAACCCUCCUCCCGACACCGUGCUGGAGCUCAACGACGUCGUGUACAUCAUCCGGUCCGACCCGCUGGCUCACAUGCCGGAGGACUCGCAGGGGGGUCAGACACCCGGGACCAGGAACCGGCAGGACUUUGGCACAGAGACGAGGGACGAGACUCACCUCUGAAUCUCCCCCCUCCUCCUCCUCCUCCUCCUCCUCCUCCUCCUCCUCCUCCCUCCUCGACACCUUAACCUCUCAGCCACCGCCCGGGGCCCACGGAGCAUGUUUGCCUCACACGGAUGAAGAACAGGCGUCCACAGUGAAGGUGCAUUAUGCUGAGCUGCUACAGGAGGAUGCAUGAAGAGUGCCUCGUCAUCGACCCCGACUGACCCCCCCACACACACACCAUCGGUUAUUGCACACAUCCCCCUCGGACCAGGCACAGGAAGAGGCUCCCCUUCCUCAGUGGGGGGUCUCUGGACAGUCGACACGCGUCCAGGACAUCAAAUCAUUCCUCUUCGACCCGUUUCUGCCCAAAUAACCGAAUCUCGGGGCGACGGCACCCUCGUUACAGGACAUGUGCACUUUUCCUAAUUUGGGAAUUACAUUUUUUUUUUCUUCUUUUUCUUCAUGAGCACAAAUGUUUUUACGACAUCGUCCUCGGUGAUUACGCACACUUUUUUAAAAUUUUUAUUUAUGGUUGUUGUGAAUGUAAAAUAUUAAAUAGUUUUAAUUUUAGUGUCCCAAAUCAAGUCUGCUGAUACAGUAUGUGCCAUUAUUUUUUGUUUACUCUUAUUGCUUUGUAAAUAUCUUUUAAAUUAUUUGUAGAUUUUGUGCCAUUUUGCAUGUGUGAUGCAUCGUGAAAUCAGUGUUAUUUUUUUAUUUUAGAGAUUCAUUCAUUUGCUGAUUUUAGCACAAAGGUAUAUCGGACUGAAAAAGAUCACGGAGGCUAUUUUAACUAAAAAAAACAAAACGAAUGUGUAAUUAUUGAGCGCAUUUUUUAAAGUUUUAAACACAUUCUACUUUAUUUAAUGCGUAUUUAAAGUCUUAUUUUUCUUCACUUGAACUUGAGCGUAUUAGACAAUUCACGUCUUAUUUGUGUGGUUUGUUUCAUGUAGUUUUAUUGUGUUUGACAUUUGUGUAUUACAAUGUAAAAUUGUCUCACUCGGAAACAUAUCCAGCCAGAUUUAAAAGGAAUAGUUAGAAAUCAUGGGAAAUAUUUGCUUAUUUCGUAUCUGUAUGUUAGCAUAGCUUAGCAUAAAGGUACGCUAAUGGAAGCGGGGGAGGAAACGGCUAGCAGCACCGCUAGUGGGUUUGAUCUGUACAACGAGAUGUCGCCUUUUCUCUCUGCUUCCAGUGUCGUUUGUGUUUAUGCUAAGCUAACGUCCGUUAGCUUAGCAUAAACACAAACGACACUGUUUUAGGUGUUUAUGCUAAGCUAACGAGCGUCUGGUCCAACAGUCAAACUAUUCUAACGAGGCGUAUCAAAUGUAAAGAAAACAGUCAGGCUUUCGUGUUAUUGAUUUACUCUUUUAACUCAUUCAUAUUGUAAUCCUCCAGUUUCAUAACUCUCUUGACGAGUUGCAGUUACACUGGUAGCAGAAUCGUUUUGCACAGGCGGCGGAAACAAAGCGCUCUCCUCCGCACGUUGUACAGGAUUUCAUCUUCUUGAUUUUUAUGUGAGUAGGAACUUUGUUUAGUUUCCUUCUUUUUUUUUCCGUGCGAGGAAAAGAGAACUUGCACAUGUUUUUUGCACUAAGCUCUUCUGGGAUGUGUGGAGCGUACCGGCAUGACCCUUUAAUCCGUAUUUUACCUUCAAAACGUGCAGGAAGAUGUCAUGCUGCGUCUUCUUUUUGUCCUCGUUGUUUAUUUAUCUGUUAAAAGAAGUAUGGAGAGACGGUAAUGAUGAAGUGUCAGUUUACAGGCCAGGAGAGCAGAGGAGCGCUCCAUUCGUUGAACAUUCGCUCCCCGACUAAUCAACACUCGGAUCUCGUGUCCGUACUUACAAUCACCACAAGGGGGCAUGUAAACACUAACACAGCAUGUUUGUUUUUUUGAUAUCCAAGCUUGCCAAGAACAAUACAUUUUGUACAUUUAGAGGGGGGGGGACGAUGGCUAGAGAAAACCAUUAUCAAGUUUGACUGCUUGCAAGUUGGGGCCAUUAUUUGAUACUGUGUAUUUAUAUGAAUGAAACGUGCAUGUUGUGUCCAGGUGUUAUCAGAAGCCCACCUGUCCUGUUUACCUCCUUUUGUUUUGAAGUCAUUGUCCAAAAAAAAAAAAAAAGGGGUCGAUCCAUUUUGUACUAUUUCUUAUGAGGAGCGAGUAUACUUCUCGACGUAUAAAACAUGAACAAAUAAAUGCUGCAUGCAGCCAGAGACGAUGAAUGAAAAUGUAUUUAUUUUUCAUCCCAAGACUCGAU